AUGGCAUUUUUAAUAGAAAUUAAGGAAAAUAUUACAAUCCGUCCGAUUCAAAUACGCAUCGCAGUAAAAAUAAUUAACCCUCCUGGUCGGCAAAAUUCGAUUAUGCAAUUUAAUAUAGGCGAAGGAAAAUUAUCCGUCAUCGUUCCCUUGGUCGCGGCAUUACUUGCUACUUUCGUUUAA